UUUAAGCUGUAAAUACUUUUACCGCUGAGAAGCUAGACCCCAGGGCUGAGAGAGAGUUCCAGCCUCCAGGGACUGAAAAGCAAGGCAUUGGUGGGAGACAGACUUUAUCCCGCCGUGGGCUGAGGGUCGAGGGCGCGCGCGUGGGGCCGCAGCACAGGCGCAGGUCCCAGCAGGUCCGGCCGGACUCGCGCCGCGAUGUGGAAUCUCCCGGACGAAUCCAACUCGGUUGCAGCCGCCGGGCGCCGGCCGCGCUGGCUCUGCGCUGGGGCACUGGUGCUGGCCAUCGGCCUCUUCACGCUGGGCUUCCUCCUAGGGUGGUUUAUGAAAUCCUCCAAUGAAGCUACUCACAUUGUUCCACAGCAUAGCAUGAGGAAGGCAUUUCUGGAUGAAUUGAAAGCUGAAAACAUCAAGAAGUUCUUAUAUAAUUUUACACGGAUACCCCAUUUAGCAGGAACAGAACAAAACUUUCAGCUUGCAAAGCAAAUUCAAUCCCAGUGGAAAGAAUUUGGCCUGGAUUCUGUUGAGCUAGCCCAUUAUGACGUCCUGUUGUCCUACCCAAAUAAGACUCAUCCCAACUACAUCUCAAUAAUUGAUGAAGAUGGAAAUGAGGUAAAAGAAAAAGAAUAACGGAAACAUCCCCCCAAUCUAUUCUUUUUCAAAAGCUUCUAUGAAAGAAUAAGCCUUCUGUAAAAGCCUUUUGAAAAUCUGUUAACCUAAAAGGGACUACCUGCUGGUGAUCUAGUGUAUGUUAACUAUGCACGAACUGAAGACUUCUUUAAACUGGAACGGGACAUGAAAAUCAAUUGCUCUGGGAAAAUUGUGGUCGCCAGAUACGGAAAAGUUUUCAGAGGAAAUAAGGUUAAAAAUGCCCAGCUGGUGGGGGCUAAAGGAGUCAUUCUGUACUCAGACCCUGCUGACUACGUUGCUCCUGGGGUGGAGUCCUAUCCAAAUGGUUGGAAUCUUCCUGGAGGUGGUGUCCAGCGUGGAAAUGUCCUAAAUCUUAAUGGUGCAGGGGAUCCUCUCACACCAGGUUACCCAGCAAAUGAAUAUGCUUAUAGGCAUGGAAUUACGGAGGCUGUUGGUCUUCCAAGUAUUCCUGUUCAUCCAAUUGGAUACUAUGAUGCACAGAAACUCCUAGAAAAAAUGGGUGGUGCAGCACCACCAGAUAGCGGCUGGAAAGGAAGUCUCGAAGUGCCCUACAAUGUUGGACCUGGAUUUACUGGAAACUUUUCUACACAAAAAGUCAAGAUGCACAUCCACUCCAACAGUGAACUGACAAGAAUUUACAAUGUAAUUGGUACUCUCAGAGGAGCAGUGGAACCAGACAGAUAUGUCAUUCUUGGAGGUCACCGAGACUCAUGGGUGUUUGGUGGCAUUGACCCUCAAAGUGGAGCAGCCGUUGUUCAUGAAAUCGUGAGGAGCUUUGGAACACUGAAAAAGAAAGGACGGAGGCCUAGAAGAUCAAUUUUGUUUGCAAGCUGGGAUGCAGAAGAAUUUGGUCUUCUUGGUUCUACUGAGUGGGCAGAGGAGAAUUCAAGACUCCUUCAAGAGCGUGGUGUGGCCUAUAUUAAUGCUGAUUCUUCUAUAGAAGGAAACUACACUCUGAGAGUUGACUGUACACCACUUAUGUACAGCUUGGUAUACAACCUAACAAAAGAGCUGCAAAGCCCCGAUGAAGGAUUUGAAGACAAAUCUCUAUAUGAGAGCUGGAGUGAAAAAAGUCCUUCUCUUGAGUUCAGUGGCAUGCCCAGGAUUAGCAAAUUGGGCUCAGGUAAUGAUUUUGAGGUGUUCUUCCAAAGACUUGGAAUUGCUUCAGGCAGAGCACGGUAUACUAAAAAUUGGGAAACAAACAAAUUCAGCAGCUAUCCACUAUAUCACAGUGUCUAUGAAACGUAUGAGCUGGUGGAAAAAUUUUAUGAUCCAACAUUUAAAUAUCACCUCACUGUGGCCCAGGUUCGAGGAGGGAUGGUGUUUGAACUAGCCAAUUCCAUAGUACUCCCGUUUGACUGUGGAGAUUAUGCUGUAGUUUUAAGAAAGUAUGCUGACAAAAUCUACAAUAUUUCAAUGAAACAUCUACAGGAAAUGAAAACAUACAAUGUAUCAUUUGAUUCACUUUUUUCUGCAGUAAAGAAUUUUACAGAAAUUGCUUCUAAGUUCAGCAAGCGACUCCAAGACUUUGACAAAAGCAACCCAAUAUUAUUGAGAAUUAUGAAUGAUCAACUGAUGUUUCUGGAACGAGCAUUUAUUGAUCCUUUAGGGUUACCAGACAGGCCUUUCUAUAGGCAUCUCAUCUAUGCUCCAAGCAGCCACAACAAGUAUGCAGGGGAAUCAUUCCCAGGAAUUUAUGAUGCUCUUUUUGAUAUUGAAAGCAAAGUGGACCCUUCCAAGGCCUGGGGAGAAGUGAAGAGACAGAUUUCUAUUGCAGCCUUCACAGUGCAGGCUGCAGCAGGAACUUUAAGAGAAGUAGCUUAAGAGGGUGCUUUGGAGAACUCAUAUUCAAUUCAUAUGGUAGAUCACUCAGAAAGAAUCAUGAUGGGUAUAUUUAAAUUAAAAAUGGGUAUAUUAAUAAACUAAAAAUAAAUUUGGAGAUUAUAUAU